UGUUACAAGUGGAGGACGAAAGAAAUCAACAGCGCCGACACAUGAUAAAUAGUAUUCAUCGAUAUGUUGACGAUAUUGGCACAGUCGACGAGAUUAAAAGGUGGUCAUUCAACAUCUUGUCCUUCAAUAUGCUCUGCAAGGAAAAUGGGCUCUACUACCCGCUACAACUUGGACUUGUAGACUACUCAAUUGAGCAAGGUUUCAUACGAGCCUUCCACAAAUUCAUCGAUCCAGGUCCAAUACCUCUUGGCUUUGCAAGUGCUGCAAAAGACCACAGCGAAGCCACGCAUGGCAUCCCCAUCACGGGCUUUGAAGAAGGCACAACCGACUACAGGAGCGUUGUCCGUGACCUGAUGGCAUACCUUCGGCUCCCGAUUGAUGAGGCGAACCUUCCACCUCUGUUCUGCAUGCAAGACCACAUAUCACAGGCUGCCUGUAUUCUGGCUGCCUGCUGUGGCUCGAGGAACAUGGGAGGUUCACCGUGGACUUUCCAGUCUGGGACAUCCUGCCACUUCUGUGCAAGCUGCGAACUGUGGUUGGAGAGAUCUCGCAUGCCGAAGCUGAGAACAUCCUCAACUCUGCCUUGUUCGACUACGAGCUGAAGUCUAUGUGCGACAGCUUCUUAUGCGCUGGACGGGUGUUCAGGACGUGCAGAUUAAUCGCCAGGACGAUUUUUGCGACUACAGUGGAAUCUGGAUGAUACGAAUCCCACGGGGUCACGAAAAAAAUUCGUAUUAGCCGAAAUUGGUAUCAUCGAAACACAAUUAAAACUAGCUAAAUUAAAGAGUCGACAGGCAAACUCACUCAGGCACACGUACGUAAAAAGCAGUUACAGUAUAGACCACUUAUAACGUAACCGUUUAUAGUGCAGAACUGACUACAACGCGGCCUUUUCCGACUCCCGUUUACCCUCACACAGAACUCCAUGUAUACGCAUACCGCUUACAGUGCAGCAACGUGAGACGAAAUUGCGGCUUCCGCGGGAAAAUCUCGCCGACAAGGGCGGUAGCGAGCACGAGGUGCGCCCACCGAUGGGAGAGGAGAUCAACGAAUGCGAUGCGGAGGAGGAGCAUGUGACUUGGAGCACAAGUUCAAGGGCGAUAAAGUCGUCACCGCGCGCCAUAUGUGCGAGUGAAAGGACGCGCGCCUUC